AUGCAAGAAACCGCUACAUUCUUGCCUGUUAUCCCAAGAUUAGAUCGUCUUGAUCGCAUGCUGCAACUUUUAGAAGAGAGGCAUAGCUUAUCAAGAAGAGAAUUUUCUUCUACUGCUUUUGUGGAAAAAGAUGAGUGCAAAGAUCUAUCUUCGGCUAUUGAGGAAGUCCACCAUAAAGGCACACUUAUGGAACGGCUUUCUGUGCUUGAAAAUCGAGUAUUACAGCUGAGCCUGGAAAUGGAUGAAGGGGACACGUCGAAGUCAAGUUCUUCAACAGUUCAAGUCUCACAAGGGGUUAAGAAAUUAGAUUCUGAAUUGUGCAUCGAAACCCCAACCCGAGAAAGGGAAGGCCCUCCCGCAGUUCAAACUGUCCAACAGAAGAGUGGAAGACGCAGAAAAAGGUGGCUCGGGUUAUUCCGAUUUCCAGUGACAUGUUAA